UCUUACGGCAUGAUAACAAAUACAAGAUAAUAAUAAUAAUAAAUGAAGUAGAAUAAAAUGCUGCUUAAGCAACAAGUAAACCUGGCCAAAAACAUCUUGGCCCAACGCCGAAAUGUGUCUACAAGUACGGCGUCCGCCCAAUCCUUUCAGAAAUGGUACCAAAAGCUGUGGGCACCGGAACGCACGAACCUGCCGCCCUACAGCCAUUUUACCCAAAUUGGCGAUCCCGUACUCCGACAAAAGGCUGCUCCAGUUCCCCAAGAGCACAUCCAAAGCCCCGAGAUCGAGGCCAUUGUUGAACAGAUGGUCCGAGUUCUCCGGAAGUUCGACUGUGUGGGAAUAGCAGCACCUCAAAUUGGAGUCUCCCUGCGGAUUAUAGCGAUGGAGUUCAAAGGAGGAAUCCGAAAGGAGCUACCAGAAGCCGUCUAUCAGGCGCGACAGAUGACCGAAUUGCCGCUUACGGUCUUCAUCAAUCCCGUGCUAACAGUGACGAGUUACACCAAACUCAAGCAUCCCGAGGGCUGCAUGAGCGUCAGGGGCUUUUCCGCCGAAGUGGAGCGCUUUGAAGGGGUCUCAAUUAGUGGGUUAAAUGCCAAAGGAGUCCAGAGUGAAUUAGAACUGACGGGAUGGAAUGCGAGAAUCGCUCAGCAUGAGAUGGACCACCUGGAUGGAAAGCUCUACACCGACCACAUGGACAGAUCCACCUUCUCCUGCACCUGCUGGGAAGCGGUAAAUACCAAGUCAGGUCGCGUUGAGAUACCCUUCUACAAAUAGUUCAGUAGCAGAAUAGUUUUUGCACUUUGUUUAUGUAUAUACGAUUUGAAAGUGAAAUAUGAAGUUGUUGGCAACCGUCCU